AUGGCGGGCAAUUCUCCCCACGGUGGAGGUUUUUCAGGUGCCGGGGAUGAUUUCGAUCCUACGACUCUACCUCCGAGGACUCGCCCUUUUAUUCCCGAGAGGUACCGUCCGGCAGUGCACGUCCUCCCGCGCGCUGUUUUCCGUCAUUUUACCAGUUUUGACGAGAGAGCACCCAUGGAUCUGCUUCUCAGAGAGCCGGGGCAGCAUCUCUCUCACGAUGCCCGAGAGGCUAGUUCCCGCAGUGUGCGGGGAUAUGGUUCGACCAUGGCACGGGACUGGUAUGCCGAGCUGCCGGAGGGUGUCCGGGAUUUGGUAGAUUUGGCAGGAUUCGGGCCCUUCUGCGUCGGGUUGUCACGCUGUCCUGCCAGGAGGACAUUGAUGGCAGCCUUGGUAGAGAGAUGGUGGGACACCACCAAUUCCUUUCAUUUCUCUGCUACUGGGGACAUGACUAUGACCCAUUUCGACUUUGCUGUAUUGACCGGCCUUGAUGUCGGAGGUUGGGCCAUCCCCUAUGAUGAGGAUAUGGGCGAGUGGGAGGCCGCCUGGAUGUAUUUAUUGGGGGCUCAUCCGCCCGUUGACAGGGUCUCUGGGAGAGUCCGAUACACUUGGUUCUCCUCCCAUUUCCGGCGGGCGGAGAUGGUGCCUGAGAGUCCCGAGGAGACAGAGCAGUAUGCCCGUGGCUUCCUUAUGUUCCUCUUCGGGACUACCCUGUUCGCCGACAGAGGGAACACAGUCGGGCUAUACCUUCUGAGCGCUCUAGUUGACCUAUCACAGGUCCACCGAUAUGAUUGGGGUGGCGCUGGCCUGGCUACCCUUUACUUUUACAUGAGCGCGACCUCCCGCGGGCGGGGCGAUUUGCUUGGCGGCUACUGGAGAGCCUGGGAGCUAUGGGUGUAUGUAUACUUCCCAUCAUUAGCCCCAGAGCUGGAGGUGGUAGGGAUUCCCGUGACCCCAUAUUCAUUGAUAUUCGAGGGCCCGCACCGGCCGAGACCUCGAGAGACCCUCAUUCGCCUGCGACAGUACUUCGACACUGUGCGGCAUUCAGAGAUUACUUGGCAGCCUUGGGCGCCUCUGGGUGACGGCCUCCGACUUCAGUAUACCGGGGCAUCGGACAUCUCCCAGUAUAGGGUCCUGUUCGAAGGGCCGGUUGGCAGGGUAUGGUUCCUGGGGGAGCACUUUCUGCGCCAGGUAUGGGGGUAUCUUUCUCAGGAUAUUCCCGCAGCACCCCCAGCCGGUAUGCGGACCGCUGACAGGCUCUCUUACUCGGAGGUAGUCGGCGCCAUGCUGGGUAGUGAAGCUUUACUAUAUACUGAGGAGGGGGACUACGCCACUUACCGUCACAUAUAUUUGAUGCCUCCAUUGACAGAAGCUCGUAUCCCGAUGAUGAGGCCUGCCGGUAUGUCAUCCUCGGGCCAGGCUCAGGCUCGGGCUGCAGACGUCCCUUCUUCUAGCAGGGCCGGUACAUCUAGAGGCGGGAGUAGACCGGUUCCUCCGGCUCCGUCGAUUCAUCCUCAUGUCGAAUGGCCAGAUAUGCCUACUGAGUUGAUGGCCUGGCAGUAUGGGGCUAUCUCUCCGACCCCGAUCCCGCUAGAGCCUCCGAUGCCCAGUGAUCGAUACGCCAUUGAUCUGGACUCACCGCCGCCAUCGCGAGGGUACAUAGAGGAGGUGGUUGGACUGGUGGCCACACUCGAGGGCAUGGUCCUGCGCAGGGAGGCACAGUUGUCUGUUGCGGACAUUCAGGUAAGUUAUAUGAGAGAUUUGGGUAUAUCAAAAAUUCAGAUUGAGAGGGAUUCCCUCCAAUUUAUUAAAGUUGUGUUAUGUGCUGAGAAAAAUCGUUCAGACAUAAGUGUAAUUGUUGCAAGCAUUUGCUAG